GAAUAUCGGCUCCGGUGAUGGACGCGGCAGGCCUACUGAAGGGAGGCGCAGCCGUAGGAUCGCGAGCUCGGCGGAAGCUUCUUACGGCGGAAGAGGCGGAACUAUUUGAACUUGCGCAGGCUGCGGGGAGCGGCAUUGACCCGGAAGUGUUUAAGAUCCUGCUGGACCUUCUACGCAUGAAUGUGGCACCUUUGGCUGUCUUCCAGAUGUUGCGUUCCAUGUGUGCUGGGCAGAGAUUAGUUAGUACUGAGGCUACUCCUGAUACAGCACGAGAGCCCCCAAUUGUGUCUGCCAAGGCCAGUAAAAUCCCUGCACCACUCUCAUUUUCCUCUGUCCUUCGGCCUCCACGAAUAAGAGUCCCUAAGGCUGUGGUCUACAGUCCUGCUGCAGCUUGCUCGCCUCUCUCUCAAGGGAGAGCCAGAACCAUUUCUACAGCAGCUGGGAACCAAGCUGUGUCAGAUCAUAGCAAUCGAGAAGGAUCUGGUCAACGAGUACCACGGCAGCCAAGUGCCAGCAGGCUGCAGAAGACUGGGUGUCCUGUAAAAAAUACAUAGAUACUUUAAAAAUGGCUAGAAAAAUGAUUCUGAUGUUCCAAAAUGUCAAACAUAGCUCAUUCCAAGAAAACUAGUGCCUAGAAUGCUACGUAAUGUUCUAACUAUUAAAGAAUAUAAUGAAUCUGUCCAAAUUAAUUUGUUUUUAUAAUUUCAAUAUCAGGCAGUACAGAACGUAUUGUUUCAGUAUUUCUCAUUUUACUGUUUAUUAUUAUGCGUUGCUUUGUUAUUUCAUCAAUAUGUUGAUUUCUGUUUGGUUGGGCAGAAUUUAAUUUUUAAAAUUAAGAUUAAAAAAUCCCUUAGUUUGACUCCUAGGGUAACCAUUUUUAGCAGUAGUACAGAAGUGAUUUGCCAUUGCCUUCUUCCAUGAAUGAAUUAAAAUCUCUCUCUCUCUCUUCAGUCAAGCCUAUAGCUCUGGGACUUUCUGAUGGUCUCUCGUGCAAGUGCUAACCAGGUCUGAGCCUGCUUAGUUUUUCCAAGGUCAGCCAAAGUUGGGUAGACACUGCUACUCAGCUAGGCAUUAAACAUGCAUGCCAUCUUUCAUCCAAUAGGCAGCCAACCCUAAAUCCUGAAAUCCUGUGCAGAUAUUUUUGAGAAUAAAUCCCAGAAACAAACUAUUAAAGAAUACAGAGCAAAGGUGCAAAUGGCAUUUUGAGCCCAUCUAACCUCUUAAACAUGCUAAGCAGCUGUUUUUUUGAAACAUUAAUUAGAAAAUUACUUUGGAUUGACUAUACAUACACUGAUCAUAAUCCUGUUCAGUUAAUGUAUUCUUCAAGAAAUGCAGUGACUGCAUAUUCAGAAGAGAAUAAGACUAUCAAUGGCUUUAUGCUACCCUUAAUACAGGGGCUGCAUUAAUUUGAAUAGCAUUUGCUGAGGAACAACAGCAGGAGAGUCCUAUACAUGCUUACCAUAGGAUGGAUUAGUUAUAUAACUGGUGUGAUUUCCCUAAUGUUUCCCACAACUAGUGUCUUUCAGCUGUUUUAGGAUACAACUUCCAGAAUUAUUGCCACUGCUAUCUGUCCCCCACGUAGCCCACUAACAAUUAGUUUUCCAUUUUUGAUCUAUGCGAGAAGUUCUUAAACAGUUUUCGUAUUCCAUGAAAAAGUUUUCCCUCAGUCCUUUCCUCUGAUGUUUUAUGUGACCAGGGGAGGUUUACGUUUGGCUACAUUAGGACAGGCAUUUGGAGAACUGAGAUGAUUAUGAGCGUUAGAUAGAACAAAGGAGCAACGAGUUCAAAACCGAAGGAUUGCAAAAAAAAAAAAAAACCAUGCUUGUAA